AACAAUGGGUCACUUGCUUGGUGCCAGAAUCAUAAACAGUGUUCAAAGUGCCUGGAGCCCUGCAAAGAGUCCUGGGACCUGAAGAAAAACCAUUGCCAGAGCUUCUGUGAGCCUCUUUUCCCCAAGAAGAAUUAUGAAUGCCUAACUAGCUGUGAAUUCCUUAAGUAUAUCCUGUCUGUGAAGCAAGGGGAUUGUCCAGCACCUGAGAAGGCCAGUGGUUUUGCAGCUGCCUGUGUUGAAAGCUGUGAAGCUGAUAGUGAAUGUUCUGGAGUGAAGAAAUGCUGUUCCAAUGGAUGUGGUCAUACGUGCCAAAUUCCAAAGAAUCUGUACAAAGGUGUUCCACUGAAACCCCGGAAAGAAUUAAAAUUCAUAGAACUUCAGUCUGGAGACCUGGAGGUGAAGUGGUCCUCAAAAUUCAAUAUUUCCAUUGAGCCUGUGAUCUAUGUUGUUCAGAGAAGGUGGAAUCAAGGAAUCCAUCCAAGCGAGGAUGAUGCUACUACCUGGCAAACUGUGGCACAGACUACGGAUGAGCGGGUUCGGCUGCUGGACAUCCGCGCGAGCAGGUGGUACCAGUUCCGCGUGGCAGCUGUGAACGUGCACGGGACGAGAGGCUUCACGGCACCCAGCAAGCACUUCCGAUCCUCGAAAGAUCCGUCUGCUCCACCAGCUCCAUCUAAUAUCAGAAUUGCCAAUAUCAGUGCAAACAAUGAUGGGAGUGUAAAUGUGAUGAUUACUUGGGAUCUUCCAGAAGAGCCUGAUAUUCCAGUACACCACUACAAAGUCUUCUGGAGCUGGACAUACAGCAAAUAUGUAAUCCCAGCUAAAAAAAAGAGAAGGAAGAGUACUGAUGGGGCCCAAAACUAUGUGAUCCUGGAGGGACUCCAGCCCAACAGCAACUACAAUGUAGAACUGCAGGCAGUAACACGCUGGGGUCAGAUACGCCUAAAAAGUGCUAAGGUUUCUCUCCAUUUUAGCACAACUCAGGACACCAGGACUAAUAAGGAACAGACAUCUUCUGCUGUGAAACCCCGGAAAGGGCUUGUAGAUCCUUACCCAACAUUUCAAAGAAGAAAAACUACUCGUUUUCUUAAAAUUGGAACUCCUUUCUAUCAGGACAAUCAACUUCAGGUCAAAGUCUACUGGAAGAAAACAGAUAUCAGCAUGAAUCAAUUCCAAGUCCACUGGUUGCUGGAGUCCUGUGCACACAAUGACACCAAAGGGCUUGGGAAAGUAACUGAGCUGACUUACGAAAACUACAUGAUUCUGAAGGACCUGUCAUUUUCAUGCAAAUAUAAAGUAACUGUUUUGCCUGCAAAAUCUAAAGGUCGCUUUAAAGCUGAGAGUAUUUUCUUUGUUACCCCACCUUGCUCUGCUUUCAAAGAAAAAAACCACAAGCACAUUAAUUGUUCUGCUGAAGGAGUGCCAGUUCUACCCAAAGUGUUGGCCAAACCCGAGAAUCUAUCUGCGUCUUUCAUUGUCCAGGAAGGUAACAUCACUGGUCAUUUUUCCUGGAAGAUAUCGAAGGCUGACCUGCACCAGCCCAUGACAGGGUUUCAAGUCACUUGGGCAGAAGUAACCACAGAAAGCCGGCAGAACAGCUUACCCAACAGCAUCAUUUCGCAGUCACAGAUACUGCCAGCAGAUCAUUAUGUACUUACUGUGCCCAAUUUGAGGCCAUCGAUGCUGUACCGCUUGGAAGUUCAAGUCCUGACGACUGGUGGUGAAGGGCCAGCUACAAUAAAAUCAUUCCGAACACCCGACCUUCCUCCAUUUUCACCCCACAGACCUCAUCUGAAGCAACAUCAUCCACAUCACUACAAGCCACCCCCAGAGAAAUAUUAGACUGUUUCAGAUGAUUAUACAAAUAACAGAGAGAAACUGAGUUCCCAAGUGGAAGCUAGGAAAAGGCACACCUGUAAGAGCAAAGAACCCAGUUUUCCAGUGGAAGUUACCAUCCUGUAUGAUCUGUAUCUACUUCUCUGUAGUUUGGCCAUGACACAUGGUGUUUGCACCCAGACCAGGAUGAAACUUACAGCAAGUAUCAUUUCAGUACCA